AUGGAAGCUUUUGCAAGAAAGAUGGAAAUGGAAGGAUGGGAGCGGCCGGAGGCCCGUCUCGUCUUCUUCAACGGAGUGAAGGAGAUUAAUUGCGAGAAUGUCCCAGUCUACCCGAUGAUGGAAUACACGGAAUUCGCGUCAAACGUGAGUCGCAUUAUCAGCUUUCCGCAGAAUCAUUUAUCCAUCUACCUGGUAAAGAACCCGGAUUCUGGGGAACCGGAGGGUCCAGAGAUUACCCUCGUCACCACCGAGAGUAUUAAUUUGGCUUUAUGUUGUUCUAAGGAGGACAUCAUCCUAGUGGUUUUGAAUGAAUCGAAAAUGUCAAGAAGCGCAUUUGAGUGGACUGGUUUUAACGAGGACUUGGUAAAUAGCCAGCGCAAAGAACCGGAGCCACGCUCGUUUUCGGAGGUUGUGAAAUCUCCGCCGCAGAAGUUAAGGGUUCCGACGAAGGAUAAUCAGGCAAUAACGGGAAGACCAAUCUUGAACCUGGAUUCAAAUGAAAGUAAGAACAGUGAAGUCCCGACAGCCCGGCCAAUAGAUGACCCGGCGGUAAGUGCGUGGAUUAGGUUCCGCAAAUCCGCCAAGAAAUAA